CGGGCCUACCCACAAUCCCUUGCCCGUUUCCGGUGUCUAACCGUUGGAGACCUAAGAUGGCGGACCGGCGGCGAAGGAGGAGGCGCGCGUCCCAGGACAGCGAUGACGACGAUGAGUCCGGCUCGGGUUCGGACAGUGGUCGGUCCGGGUCCCCGACCAACAAGAGCCGCGUGAAGGACCCGGACCCGCCAGAGGAGACCGCGACCCGGGUCGAGCCCAAAGUCAAGGCGGAGUCCGAGUGUGAGAGUGAAGACGGAGUCGGAGAAGCCGUCCUCUCAGACCUCAGACUACACACUCAAGAGAACGGCUCACCAGUACCAGGAGCAGAGGAGGAAGAGGAGGCCGAGCAGUUCAGUGAUGAAGAAGCUCCUCCAGCCGCAGAGCCUGAACCUCCUGCAGCCCACGACCCAACCAAGCUAGAGGAGGUGCAGGAGGAGCAGCAGCAGGAGGAGGAGGAACAGCAGGAGGAAGAAGAGGAGGGGCAGCAGCAGGAGGAAGAAGAGCUGGAGGAGGAGCUGGUGGUGUUGGAGGAGGAGGAACAAGAAGGAAAGGAGGUGCAGGAGGAGGAAGGAGGACACGGUAAAGAAGAGAACAAGACCGAGGAGAAGGAGAACCUUUCUGGGGAGAGACAGAGUGGAGACGGACAGGAGUCCACAGACGACCCUGAGUCCCGGCUGCCGGUGUCUCCGGGUCAGAAGCUCGACGAUGACGAGGAUCGCAAGAACCCGGCGUACAUCCCGAGGAAGGGUUUGUUCUUUGAGCACGACGUCAGAGGCCACGCCCAGGAGGAGGAGAGGCCUAAAGGCCAGAACAGGAGGCUGUGGAAGGAGGAGGGUCGCUGGGACCACGAUAAGUUCCGGGAGGAGGAGCAGGCGCCCAAGAGCCGCGAGGAGCUCAUCGCCAUCUACGGCUACGACAUCCGGAACGGAGGCGGCUCCUCGGAGCGGCCGUACCGCCAACGUCAGCCCAGACAGAGCACGUCUCCCAGAGGAGAGCAGCGCUGGAGGGACGGGGGGGAGAGGCCGGUCCGGCCCUGGCAAGGAGGAGGAGGAGCUCCUCCGUCACACAGCCACCCCUCCUCUCCCUCCUCCUCCCUCCUCCUCUCCUCCGCUCAGCGUAACAACCCCUCCAGUCUGCCGCCCCCCCGCAGCCGCCCCCCCCCCCACACCCUGUCGGCCCAGUACAGGAACAACGAAUCCAACGCGCCCCCGCCGCACCCCAGAGACCGGCAGGGCCCCAAAGCCGCGCCCGAGCCCUCGGGGGACCGCGGGGGGGGGCGGGGCCUCUCUGGGGGCCCUCGGGAUCCGGGCCCGGGGGUCGGAGCGGCGCCGCCGGGCGGGUACCGGUCCGCGUCGCCGAGACGGCAGCAGCAGGACCGACGGGGGGGCGGCGACGGACCUCCGUCGGGAUCGGCCGCCUGCGACCCCGCCCGCCGCUCGCCGGCGACCAAUCGGGAAGCUUCCCCCCCCGCCGAGCGGCCAAUGGAGCGCAAGUCCUACGCUCUGGCCCGGAGGACUCGCGCCAGGCCCGCGGACCUGGGCAGCAAGCAGGCGUCGGUGGAGGAGACCGCCUCCCCCAGCGGGGGGGGGGGCAAGAGCUGGGCGGAGGACGGACCAGAUCAGGAGGGAGGAGGAGGAGGAGGAGGAGGAGGAGGAGGAGGAGGAGGAGCGAACCUGGAGGAGCCGGAGGAGGACCUGGCUCGGCUCAGCCUGACCGAGCAGACCUGGAGUCCAAGUCCUCCGUCAUACUUCCGCUCGGAGAUGAGAGGCCUCCCCAGUUCUCCUCCUCAGUUCCCCAACAUGGAGGAGAUGGCCGUCGGCUCCAGUCGAGCCAAACGCUACUCGUCCCAACGCCAGAGGGCGGGGCCUGAGCCGGCUCCGCCCCUUCACCUCGGGGUGAUGGAGGGACACUACUACGAGCCCAUGUCCUAUCAGGGACCGAUCUACGCCCACGGAGAUGGCCCCGCCCCCAUCCCGCCGCAAGGCAUGCUGGUCCAGCCUGAGAUGCACCUGCCCCACCCCGGUCUCCAUCCCCACCAAUCAGGCGGCCCGAUCCCUAGCCCCGCCCUCUACGGAGGCCCCCCCGUGUCUCUGCCCCCCGGCCAGCCGCAGCAGCUGCUGCCGCCUCCGUUCUACCCCCCGCCGGGGGUCAUGACCUUCCCCUACCCCGCCAUGUACCCCGCGCCUCAGGCUCAGGCCCAGGUGACCUACGGGGGGGUCACGUACUACGACACCAUGCAGCAGCAGGCGCAGCCCAAGCCCUCGCCCCCCCGACGCACCUCGCAGCCCGUCACCGUCAAGCCCCCCCCGGAGCUGCACUUCGUCUCAGAGUGACUCCGCCCCCUUCACCCCCACCCCGCCUCGCAGACCCGCCCCAACCCACGCCAACAGGAGCGAGACGGGAGGAGCAGCGCUGUCCAGGGACGGAGUGGUGGACAGACAGGUGGACAGACAGGUGGACAGACAGGUGGACAGACAGGUGGACAGACAGGUGGACAGACAGGAGGACAGACAGGUAGACAGACAGGUGGACAGACAGGUGGACAGACAGGUGGACAGACAGGUGGACAGACAGGUGGACAGACAGGUGGACAGACGGGUGGACAGACGGGUGGACAGACGGGUGGACAGACGGGUGGACAGACGGGUGGACAGACGGGUGGACAGACGGGUGGACAGACGGGUGGACAGACGGGUGGACAGACAGGUGGACAGAGAGGAGGACAGACAGGAGGACAGACAGGAGGACAGACAGGAGGACAGACAGGAGGACAGACAGGAGGACAGACAGGUGGACAGACAGGUGGACAGACAGGAGGACAGACAGGAGGACAGACAGGUGGACAGACAGGUGGACAGACAGGAGGACAGACAGGAGGACAGAGAGGUGGACAGAGAGGAGGACAGAGAGGAGGACAGACAGGUGGACAGACAGGUGGACAGAGAGGAGGACAGACAGGUGGACAGACAGGUGGACAGAGAGGAGGACAGAGAGGAGGACAGAGAGGAGGACAGAGAGGAGGACAGAGAGGAGGACAGACGGGUGGACAGACGGGUGGACAGACGGGUGGACAGACAGGUGGACAGACAGGUGGACAGACAGGUGGACAGACAGGAGGACAGAGAGGAGGACAGAGAGGAGGACAGAGAGGAGGACAGACAGGAGGACAGACAGGAGGACAGACAUGUGGACAGACAGGAGGACAGAGAGGAGGACAGACAUGUGGACAGACAUGUGGACAGACAGGAGGACAGACAGGAGGACAGAGAGGAGGACAGACAUGUGGACAGACAUGUGGACAGACAGGAGGACAGACAGGAGGACAGAGAGGAGGACAGACAUGUGGACAGACAGGAGGACAGACAUGUGGACAGACAGGAGGACAGACAUGUGGACAGACAUGUGGACAGACGCAAGGACGUUUGACGUGUAAAUAGUUUGCCUCCUGAACCGUGCGGAGCGUCUCGUAUUCCCUCCGUUCAGACUGACAGGCAGAGAGAGAGACGGGUUCCUCGUCUUCAGUUAUUCUUCAUCCUAUUUUCAUCUUUAACUAUAAUUGCAACGUUUUGUGUUUUUGCAGAAAAAACAACAAUAUGUUCAUUAAAGUGGUAAAUAAAUAAAUGGUUAUAACCUAAGAAUGAAAAGUCCGACGUUUAUAUAGUACAACUUUUAUAUUAUGAUAUUCUUGAAUCCUCAAAUUACAAGAACGGAAAAGACAGUAGCUGUUAGCUGCUAUCGUUAGCCUUUAGCCGCUAUCGUUAGCUGCUAUCGUUGGCCUUUAACUGCUAUCGUUAGCUGCUAUCGUUAGCCUUUAACUGCUAUCGUUAGCUUCUAUCGUUAGCCUUUAACUGCUAUCGUUAGCUUCUAUCUUUAGCCGCUAUCAUUAGCUUCUAUCGUUAGCCUUUAGCUGCUAUCGUUAGCCUUUAACUGCUAUCGUUAGCUUCUAUCGUUAGCUUCCAUCGUUAUCCUUAAACUGCUAUCAUUAGUUUUAUCUCCUACCGUUAGCUGCUAGCAUUAGCCUUUAGCUGAUAUUGUUUGCCUUUAGCUGCUAUUGUUAGCUUCUAUCGUUAGCUUAGAGCUGCUAGUGUUAGCUUCUAUUGUUAGCCUUUAGCUGCUAGUGUUAGCCUUUAGCUUCUACCGUUAGUUGAUAGCGCUAGCUGUUAGCUCCCCAGCAGAUCCAGACAAAAAGAGAUUAAUUAUAUAAAUCGAUCGCCCACAUGGAAAUAUUUAUAUUGGAUAUUUUCCAAUAUAAUAUUAUUAAUUAAUUAUAAUUAAUAUUAACUGCAACAACAACAACAAACUUUGUUGUUGUUUUCUUCUUGCCCAGAAGAGGCUGAAGUGCACCAACGUUUGACUAGUUGCAUAACCUGCUAACCGGUUGUUGUUAUUAUUAUUUACCUUUAGAAGUCAAAACAUGGCUGCCUUCGUUUGUCCCUGCGGGCCUCCGUAGUUUCAGCUGUAAAUAGAAGCUGGACGUGUAAAUAGAAAUAAGGAAACGGGUUCUAAUAAGCAGUGGAGUGAGACCUCGCUGCAUUUCAUUUGGAUGAAAGCUUUGAUUUGUUUAUCUUUGUUUCAUUUUCAUACUUUUAGUUUCGUUGACUUCUGUAUAUUUGUUUUCAUGACACAAAUUAUUUACUCAAGUGCUUAUUAAAUGUAUUUUUCACUCUU